AUGUUUGACGAAACCAGUGAUUUGUCUCAUAAGGAACAGAUUACAUUAGUUGUCCGUUAUCUUUGGAAAGAUGCCGUAAGGGAGGACUUCAUAACUUUUAUUGAUGCAUACAAUGCAGCAGCAGAUGUAAAUGGUAAAGAGUGUAAAGAGAACAAACUAUCAGGGAAAACUCUAGGUGAAAUAGUCUUAAGGAAUGUAAAAGAACUUGGCUUAGACCUUAGUUACUGUGUAGGCAUAGGUACAGAUGGGGCUUCGGUAAUGACAUCUGAAGAAUCAGGUAGUGUAACAAAGAUCCAAUCAGAGGCAGUUAGUGCAAAACGGCUUCCAUGCUACAACCACGCCUUGAAUAAUUCUAUUUCUAAAUCUAAUAAGAUUCGAUCCAUAAAUAAUGCCGUUGGCAUUAUGAAAGAAGUCAUUCACUUUUAUAAUCAGUCAGCAAAAAGGAAUGCUGUUCUAACUGAACACGUAGGAAGGCAACUAGUGAGCCUCUGUGAAACUAGGUGGGUAGAUAGACAUGAUGCAGUAAUUUUAUUUUUUUGUGCAUUGCCAGAAAUUGUCGAUUCAUUUACAGAGAUAAGCGAAUGGAAAGAGUCCGAGUCAGCCAAAAAGGCCGUAUUGUAUAUCAACUCAAUAACAAGCACUGAAUUCAUUUUUUCUUGCGUUUGUCUGGUAGAUAUUCUGAAAAGGACCCUUCCCCUAAGCAAGUUAUUGCAAAAACCAAACUUAGACUUGAACAAGGCUUCCAAUGCAGUGACAGACACACUGACAUGUCUGAAGGAUAGGAGACGAAAUUGUGAUGAUCAUUUCACAGAGUUAUACUUGGAAGCUCUAACUACCUCUGAAAAGCUGGGCGUGCAGCUCAAAAUGCCCAGAGUAGUGAAAAGCCAAAGGCAUAGAGAAAACUACGAAGCAGAGACAGUGAUGGAAUAUUAUAGGAUGUCCAUGUAUAUACCACUUCUCGACAAUGUCAUCACUGAUCUACAAACCAGGUUCUCCGAAGAAAACCUAUUGUGCUUUGACCUCAACCUUUUAAUGCCUGCAAAUAUGUUGAACACCAAUGUCAGCGAAAAAUGCUUGGAGUUGAACGUGAGGCUGCAGAAAGUUUGCCAGAACUUUAAAACUCUUUUGCCCAGUGAUUCUGAAGUGGUACUUGAAGGAGAGUUAAACAUUUGGAGAGCGAAGUGGUCAAGGGAGAAAGAAGAAGGAAUGAAAAUUCCAAACUGUGCCAUAGAAGUACUCAAAUGCUGCGAUGGAGAUAUGUUUCCAACUGUACGAACACUUCUACAAAUACUUAUCACACUACCAGUAAGUGUUGCAAGUGCUGAAAGGUCAUUCAGCAGCCUUAAGCUCGUUAAAUCCUGGCUACGGACAAGAAUGGUUGAAGAGAGGUUGAAUGGAUUGUGCCUUUUAUACAUACAUCGUGAUAUUGAGGUGAAUGUUGAGAACGUAAUUGAGCGUUAUGCUAAAGGAGGAAAAAGAAGGCUGGACUUUAUUGUUUAA